AUGAGAGACACAGAGUAUCCCAAAGUGGUUCGUGCGCUUGAAGAGCGUGUUGAGCACCUGGAAAAGAAAGGUGCUUGUUCCAGUGAUCCACAAGAACAUGUCAUAUUACAAAUUCAGCAAGAUCCUCAAAAGAGUACUGAGCGCUACAUCCAGGAUGGCAUCAAAGAAGGCUUGGAAACCCUCCACGUCAAAGUAAAUCGACUGAGGUUGCAAUUGAAAGAAGCAAACGAUGCCAUUGAUUACAAUGUUGUGUUGGUCAGUCUGCUUGGAGAAUCGAAUGUUGAUGAGGAAGGAGCUGAUGAUGAUCACAGUAGCUCCGGGUCUGGCUUUGGUACCAAUGAUUUGUGUACCUGA